UUUUAAAACCAUUUCUCCUGACAGGAAUGGGAAGAGAAGAGAAGACAGAACAUCGAGCAGAUGAACGAAGAGAUGGAGAAGAUUGCAGAGUACGAGAGGGGCCAGAUGGACGGAUCCGGGGAGAAGAAUCCCAUGCGGAACUUCCUGGACGAUCCUCGGCGUUUGGGAUCGCUUCCUGGUGGCGACCGGAAGGACGGCAGCCGGCGCCACGUGCGGAACUGGGGCGGCCCCGACUUCGACAAGGUGAAGACCGGCGCGGACUGGGGCAAGGACCGGCAGCAGGUCCGGCGCUCGGAUCCCAAGGAUUCCUUCGACAUCACCCUAUCCAUGACGGGGCGGGAGAGAGCGGAGUACAUGAGCUGGAAGAAGGAGCGGGAGCAGAUCGACCAGGAGAGGCUGGCCCGGCAUCGCAACGCCACGGGGCAGUGGAAGCGGGAGUGGGACGCGGAGAAGACGGAACCCAUGUUCAAAGAGAGUUCUCGUCCUACUGAAGAAGACAGCAGCGUCAGAGGUCUGAAGAACUCUAAGAAAUCAUAUUCAGGUGGCAGACGCACAGAUGAUCAAAAACCACCCAAGCCUCCAACGGUUUCCGACUUCAUCUUUCAAUCCCAAAAUAAGGAUGCGAAGAGAGGGAGAGACAAACGCAGGGAGAAGAACUACAGCAUGCAUGAUGAUCGAUGGGAAACACCAGAAACUGAACAAGAGGAGAAAAAGGAAAAGGAAUCUAAGCCAGAACCUGCCCAAGGUCCAGCUGGAGCUGAGAGCAAGGUCAACGAGGGCCAGCCUCCGGCAGAUAUUCCCGAUGAUGCAGACGAAGACCAGUGGGAAGACGCCAGCGACAGUGAAGAGGAGAUAGUGGGUGAAGAUGUGUCGGGCAGCGAAGAGGAGGAACAGGAGGAGGAGGUGCAGACCACUGAGGAAACGAAGAAAGAUGGUGGUGGGACGAAGGAGCAGAAAGUGGCGGCAGAAGUUGCGAUUACAGAGCGAGGCCCAGAGGUUGUACCCAAAGGGCAGCGAGUGAGGAAAGUCGUGGAUGCGCCCAAACUACGCAUCCCCCCGGCGGAUGUGUCCCCAGAUGCUGCCGACACGAUGACCAAACCGCUGAGUCCAUUCUCGCUGGACGGCUACCAGCCGGUCAAAGACUGGGCAGAGGAGAUGGAGGUCGCAUCGCCAAGGACCAGCGUGGAACAGAAUCCCCUGCAGACGGCCACCACCGGCACUCCCUCCCAGGACCAUGGCCAGCCUAAUGUAUUGUCGUUGGCAGUGGACUGUGGAUCGAAUGCCUCCCUUGUCUGCACUGGGCAGGAGCCCGCGGCUACAGCCAAGGUCAACGGGAGUGCGGGCGGCGUUCCUGCUGGUGAGAUCGUGGAGGAGGAGGAGGUGGAGCGCGCCACUGAAGAGGCGGCCAUCAUGGAGGCAGCGGAGCAAGGUUCGAGGGCAGAGGUCGACCUACAAGCAGGUGAGGCGUUGGAACUCGCGAGCAAAACGUCUGUGGGAGCAGAUCGCGUGGAGGAGAGUGAGCCCAUCUCAGGCUGACUACAGUGGUUGGACCGGUGACCUUUCGGACGAAGACCUCUGCUCCAACCCUACUGAGAAAAGGCAUGGGGCAACAGAUUGAAACAUACCCUGUCAACACCUCCCAAGCCACCUGAGAGAGGCUGUGGGAAUCCGAUUGAAUUGAAUUGAAUACUUUAUUGUCACGGUGAAAUUCCCAUGGUAUGCAAACAGUCGCCACCUAAAGGGCACCGACAAAGUUCCAAAGUGUCCCGCA